UCCCGAGGAGGCGGAGGCAGAGAGCUGACUGACCCAGAGGGGUGAGAGUUCCUUAAAUAGGCCUGGAGUGUCUCUGCCACACACUGCUCACCUGGCUUCCCACCAGCCCCCACCACCUAGAGAAAGCUGUCAGCAUGUUGAAGGAAGUCCUCGUCCUCUGUGGCCUCGUGGCCCUGGCCCUGAUCCACCCAACGGAAGGCCAAGAAGUGUCUACAAACUCUAUGACGGAGAAUCCAACCAACCCAACUACAGACAGUCUGGUGGUGGAAACCAGCCCAGAGCCAACCCAGGAACUCUGCAAUGAAUCCAAUUGUGUGACAGGAGCCAAGAGCACCCAAGACCCUACUGAGAGGCCAAGAAGUCAACCCAGUGAGGAGCCACUCCUGGAAACCAGUCCUGAGCCCAGCCAAGAACCAAGUUCAGAACUUCUGACAACCACGGAGGAGUUCCCAACUGCCGAGUCCACUGAGAGCUACAGAACCACAGAGGAGAUCCCAACUGCUGAGUCCACUGAGAGCUACAGAACCACAGAGGAGAUCCCAACUGCCAAGUCCACUGAGAGCUACAGAACCACAGAGGAGACCCCAACUGCUGAGUCCACUGAGAGCUACAGAACCACAGAGGAGAUCCCAACUGCUGAGUCCACUGAGAACUACAGAACCACUGAGGAGAUCCCAACUGCUGAGCCCACUGAGAACUACAGAACCACAGAGAGGAUCCCAACUGCUGAGUCCACUGAGAGCUACAGAACCACAGAGGAGACCCCAACUGCUGAGUCCACUGAGAGCUACAGAACCACAGAGGAGAUCCCAACUGCUGAGUCCACUGAGAGCUACAGAACUACAGAGGUGACCCCAACUGCUGAGUCCACUGAGAACUACAGAACCACUGAGGAGAUCCCAACUGCUGAGCCCACUGAGAACUACAGAACCACAGAGAGGAUCCCAACUGCUGAGUCCACUGAGAGCUACAGAACCACAGAGGAGAUCCCAGCUGCUGAGUCCACUGAGAGCUACAGAACCACAGAGGAGAUCCCAGCUGCUGAGUCCACUGAGAGCUACAGAACCACUGAGGAGAUCCCAGCUGCUGAGUCCACUGAGAGCUACAGAACCACAGAGGAGAUCCCAGCUGCUGAGUCCACUGAGAGCUACAGAACCACUGAGGAGAUCCCAACUGCUGAGCCCACUGAGAACUAUAGAACCACAGAGAGGAUCCCAACUGCUGAGUCCACUGAGAGCUACAGAACCACAGAGGAGAUCCCAGCUGCUGAGUCCACUGAGAGCUACAGAACCACAGAGGAGAUCCCAACUGCUGAGCCCACUGAGAACUACAGAACCACAGAGAGGAUCCCAGCUGCUGAGUCCACUGAGAACUACAGAACCACAGAGAGGAUCCCAGCUGCUGAGUCCACUGAGAACUACAGAACCACAGAGAGGAUCCCAACUGCUGAGUCCACUGAGAGCUACAGAACCACAGAGGAGAUCCCAGCUGCUGAGUCCACUGAGAGCUACAGAACCACAGAGGAGAUCCCAACUGCUAAGCCCACUGAGAACUACAGAACCACAGAGAGGAUCCCAACUGCUGAGUCCACUGAGAGCUACAGAACCACAGAGGAGAUCCCAACUGCUGAGCCCACUGGGAGCUUGGAAACCACAGAGAGCCCCACUGCAGAGACCACUGAAAGCUCCACUACUGCCUAAGCAUCCAGCCCGUCCUCCGACAACAGCCUUCAGCCAGGGGGCUCCCCGGGAGCUGGGGACAAGGACAGCUGUGGAGCCAAAAGCCCGUUGGAGAAGCAGUCGGUGGGGAGAUGGCUGGCCCGAUUCGGCCCCUUCCCAGCUGCCUGGGCCAACAUCCUGGACCAGAGCCCGAUUGCCUCCGACCUCCAUUGCUCUGUCCCGGCCUCUCUUUGGGCGCUGAGCCGCCCUUUUGUCACAAAUGCCUGAAAACAAUAAACCAAGUCUGAGGACAGGAGUC